CAGCAAUGGCGGCUCCCAUGUCCUGGAGGAGGCUGGUGAACUCCGUGUACACACCGGCCAUCACCGGGGUUUUUAACCGAAUAUCUGACCGAGUCUUCCGUGCACGGGACAGAGGAGGCGGGUCCUCGGUGCUGCUGCUGGCUCCCCUCCUGGCCGAAGCCGACCCGGCCCCCCAGCGGAUCUCCAGGCCCACGGGGUCGGCCGGAGCUCAGGGCACGGACGGCCUCUGCACCCACUUCCGAUGGAUGGCAGAGCACGUGCCCGCCUUCAGGGUGCCGGGCGCCCACAUCCACGUCCUCGCCUCGCCUGACCAGUUCUACCAGGCCAUGAAGGCACGUAUCAAGACGGCGAAGAGGCGCGUGGUGAUGGCCUCGCUGUAUCUGGGAACAGGUCAGCUGGAGCAGGAGCUGGUGGACUGCAUGGAGGAAGCUCUACAACGCUCACAGGGAAACAGUCACGACCUAAAAGUCUCCAUACUGCUGGACUACACGCGCGGCUCACGAGGGCAGAUUAACUCGAGGACCAUGCUGCUGCCGCUGCUGCAGCGCUUCACCUCUCAGAUGCGAGUGUCUCUGUACCACACCCCAGACCUGAGGGGGCUGCUGCGGCUGCUGGUCCCUCAGCGCUUCAACGAGACCAUCGGAGUCCAGCACAUCAAGGUCUACCUGUUCGACGACAGCGUCAUCAUCAGCGGGGCCAACCUGAGCGACUCGUACUUCACCAACAGGCAGGACCGCUACGUGCUGCUGGAGAACUGCGGCGAGGUCGCCGACUUCUUCUCCGACUUGGUGGAGGCCGUGGGAGACGUUUCCCUGCAGCUGCAGCCCGACGACUCGGUCACCGUGCUGGAGGGCAUGGUGCACCCGUACAAAGGCAACAGGCAGGACUUCUCGGCGGCGGCGAGGAAGCGGAUCAUGCAGGUCGUGAACGAAGCCCACGUGAGGCAGCGGCUGACGAGCCGGUCGGAGGACUCCGAGGACGAGGGGAUGAGCGAGGGGGAGGAGGACACGUGGGUGUUUCCUCUGGUCCAGAUGAAACCUCUGGGGAUCCAGGUGGACGAGCAGGUCACGCAGCGCCUGCUGACAGACGCCGGGCCGGAGUCCACUGUGUUUCUAACAUCAGGUUACUUCAACCUGACCCGGGCGUACAUGCAGCUGGUGCUUGGGGCCGGCGCCAGCUACCGCAUCCUCACCGCCUCCCCCGAGGUCAACGGGUUCUUCGGAGCCAAAGGCAUCGCCGGAGCCAUCCCCGAGGCUUACAUCCACAUCGCCAGGCAGUUUUACAACCAGGUGUGCCGGCUGGGCCAGCAGGAGAGGGUUCACCUGCACGAGUACCACAGGUCUCAGUGGACCUUCCACGCCAAAGGUCUGUGGUAUUACCUCCAGGGGCAGGAUCGGCCUUGCCUCACUCUAAUUGGCUCCCCUAAUUUUGGUUACCGCUCGGUUCACCGUGACCUGGAGGCCCAGAUCGCCAUAGUAACGGAGAACGAGGAGCUGCAGAGCCAGCUGCAGGAGGAGCAGGAGACGUUGUACCAGCGGUCCACGGAGGUGUCCAGGUCUACGUUUGAGCAGCCAGACCGCCACGUCCAGCUGUGGGUGAAACUAGUCACCCCCCUCAUCAAGAACUUCUUCUGAGAUGCCCCCAGAGCAGGAAGCAGCUGGCUUCGGUUUUCUUGGGUCUCGGGGUCGAAGGUCGGAGGUGGAGGUCGUUUCGCUCCUGCAGACGUGACAGCCGGACACACCUGAGCAUCACCGGCGUGCUGGGAGUCUUCAGCUUCACCUUUACCCUCAUCAGUGUGUCUCAGGAAGUGACUCACACACACACACACACACACACACACA